CCCUGCGCUAUUGUCUGUCUCACACUUCACCAUCAAAGCUGAGAACAGGACAGGUCACACUUCACCAUCACACUGAGAGCAGGACAGGUCACCCCUCUGCCUCGGAUACUUCUCCAAUUGUACAGCAUUUUCAUUUGUUUUGGGACAUUGUAUGGGGACAUGGACUCAUCUCCAACUUAGACCAUUUUUGAGGUCUGAAAACAUCUGAGAAAAGUAGAUUUGGGAGUCAACUAUCCCUAAGGUUUCUUUUUGUCAGGAGGACUUUGAGAGUUUGUUUGCACCCUGAUUGUUUCUUUGGACCCUUGACGACGUGAUGGUCCAGGGCGUGUCUGAGAUCGCGGCGCUGUGCGUUGGCCUGGUGGGUCUGAUCGGAGCAGCCGCCGUCACCGGGAUGCCCAUGUGGAAGGUGACAGCGUUCAUCGGAGAGAACAUCAUCGUCAUGGAGACGCGCUGGGAGGGCCUGUGGAUGAACUGCUAUAGACAGGCCAACAUCAGGAUGCAGUGUAAGGUGUACGACUCUCUGCUCUAUCUCCCUGCAGACCUGCAGGCUGCCAGGGGCUUGAUGUGCUGCUCUCUGGCUCUCUCAGCGAUGGGUCUACUGGGGGCUCUAGCAGGGAUGCGCUGUACCUCCUGCAUCCAGGACAACGACCGCGUUAAGAGCCUCAUCCUCGUGGUGGCUGGAGGCAUGCAGUUACUGGCCUCUAUCUGUGUGUUCAUCCCAGUCUCCUGGACGGCUCACGCCAUAAUCCGUGACUUCUACAACCCCCUGCUGAUCGACGCCCAGCGCAGGGAGCUGGGAGAUGCUCUCUACAUCGGCUGGGUGACCGGAGCCUUCCUCUUAACCUCUGGGUUUCUCUUCCUCUGUCGCCGCGUCCACUCCAACAAAGCCUCGUUCGAUAUCUACCACCCAGCCAACAGGAUCAACAAACCCACUCUGAUGCACUAUCAUCCCAUCUCCAGUAUUCUUAGCAUGAGGGCUCACCGCCAGCCCGGUCUGAACCAACAACAGAGUCACAGCUUCGAUUCAUACCAACACCACCAAGCUCCGAUUCUUCAUAACGUUCCUUUUGGACAACAAGGGGUCGUUAUGAACCCUCCUGCUGCUGUGUCCGACUCUAGCUUGGUGGAGAACGUUGUUGGGCCAUUGGUCUAUCACCGUGGCAACGGACGCCGUGUUGACGGACACCGUCCCUCCACCUCGGACAGCUCCAAAUACGUCAGCAGCCUGUCCACUGCGGCUAACUCCUUAUACGUCAGCCAACAGACUCCGUACUCCUAUAGCCACGUGACCGCUCCGUACACCACAUACACCGGUAGUCAACAGACAAAUCCAUACUCCUACAGUCAUCCGGGAAACCUGUCCGUUUCACACAACUCCAGUUUCCAAGCCGUACCUCAGAAUCCUGUUUUUAUCGGGUAUAAUGGCUCCAGAGUUCAACCAUCGCAGUAUCACCACAGUGGAAGCAGUGUUGGUGUGUACAUCUGAAUGGACUGCAAAGAGACCAGUUAUCUUCUGAUACUCACUGUACCUUAACACAUGCAUUUCCUGUAUAUGAUUAUUAGAAUCACAUGGUAUCUUUUUUUUUUUUUUUUUAAAGUUAAAUGUCUGUUUUGGUAUUCUGGUAAAACUGUAAUGUGUUCAGUGUUUUGGACAGUUAUAGCUGUGUAGAAUCUAGAAACUCUAUUCUACGUUUUUCUUCUGUUAUGUGAUUAUUCAUGUACCAUAUGGGUGUGUUUGUCUCCUGCUGCUGGCAGUUUUAUAUAAGCAGCUUACCUUUUGUCACCUUGACCUUACCUGUCAUGUGACCUCAGUAAACAAGAAGUUUGGUUUCUCCAAUAAAGAACAUCAUGUUUGAUUCUGCAUAUGGGAGAGCCACUUCAAUACGAGGUGAUUUUCGUAGCAGGUUAGGAGAGCAGCAUUUUCGCAAACCCUUUCAUAAACUUAACUUCAGUCUCCUAACCUGCUGUGUUUAUUCUCCUAACCUGCUGUGUUUAUUCUCCUAACCUGCUGUGUUUAUUCUCCUAACCUGCUGUGUUUAUUCUCCUAACCUGCUGUGUUUAUUCUCCUAACCUGCUGUGUUUAUUCUCCUAACCUGCUGUGU